AUGUCUCCACCAUCACCGCACAAUCACCACUCCUGUCACAUACCCGAUGAAAAGAAACCCAUCUCCGAAGAGACCUAUCAACGUCUUCUUUCAGAAAUUGAGAGUAUUGUGAGUGGAGAGAGAAAUCUUGUGGCCAAUCUCGCCAAUUGUGCCUCUCUUUUUUAUCAUACUUUGAGAGAGGAAUUUCAUCAUCCCAUCAAUUGGUUUGGUUUCUAUCUCAUUGAUCAGAAGAAGAAUUCUGAACCAUCUUCACAACAAGAUGAAUUAGUAUUGGGUCCAUUUCAUGGUAAACUCGCCUGUACUCGAAUUAAAUUUGGAAAAGGUGUGUGUGGAACUUGUAUUGUUUCAAAACAAAUCAUUGUGGUCAAGAAUGUUCAUGAAUUUUCAGGACAUAUUGCAUGUGACAGUGCAUCAAAUUCUGAAAUUUGUGUUCCCCUAAAAUUGACAAGAAAGGUCACAACAGAAAGUGGUUUCUCGUCAGAAAAGAAAGAAGAAGAGGAGAACGAGGAUUUGAUUGGAUUGAUUGAUGUCGAUUCAACAGCUUUGGAUCAAUUCUCAAUGGAAGUGGAUGGAAAGUAUUUGAAACAGUUGGCCACAAUUUUAAUGAAAGCGAGUGAUUAUUGA